AAAAACUCCCAGAGAUUCUACGCAAACUACCCGGCUUCGUCUCUCCUCUGUGUUUCCCUUCCUCUAUAAAAGCCCGUCACUGUGGCCGGUUGCCGUGGAACAAAUCCUCGUUUGCUUAUAUGAGGACGGCGAAGUUGGUGGAAGAGGUACGUCAGCGGAGAGAGGAUUCGGUUAAAAUGGCUUCUUUGACUGCGCGGCAGGGAAGGGAGCUUCAGCGCUACACCAGGACCGGAGGGCGCCUCGUUGCCGGAUGCAUUCCUUAUAAGUUCAACGUGAACUGUUCAAGUAGUGAUUUGCUUAAUUCAUUGGAGGUUCUUGUCAUCAGUUCUCAGAAGGGACAUGGAAUGAUGUUUCCCAAGGGUGGUUGGGAAAGCGAUGAGACAAUAAAACAAGCAGCUUCUAGAGAAGCUUUAGAGGAAGCUGGCGUUCAAGGAAAUGUAGAGAGAAGAUUGGGCACAUGGAAAUACAGAACCAGCUUACAAGUUGUAAAUGAGGGAGUAAUGUUUCCACUGAAUGUAACAGAUGAGCUUCUCCAAUGGCCUGAGAUGAGUGUGAGGAAGCGCAGCUGGGUCUCUGUGGCAGAGGCAAUGGAAGGAUGUGAGCAUCAAUGGAUGAGAGAGGCUUUGGAUAGAUUAGUGAGGCGGCUUUCAACUUCGAUUCGCCGCCGUCGUCUGAAGUCUGCUUCAUCUGUAUGA